CAAAAGAAAGUUUGCCGUUUACUCGUUUUUGUUCCAUCUGCAAUGGCAAAGGAAAUAAUGGAAGGAAUAGCUUCAAUAGCUUUACUCCCAUGUGGAUUCAUAUCAGGACACUUCAUUCAACUUCCUGGUUCUAUAUGUUAUGGUCUUCAAGGCACUGAACUUGCUUGUGAGAUGGAAUGCAGCAGAGGCGAGGAUUAUCGCUUAAUCAAGCUAACAAUUAUCGACUACAUUAGGAAGAAAGAAAGGGUUGUUGUAGUGGAAUGCAGAGGCCAUGAUGCUGCAAGGCUGCGCAAUGUUGACCAGGCACAUGGAUGGGAGAAAGAUGUCAUCGGGAUGGUUGAAAAAAAGAAUGUAGAGCACAAAAUCUCUGUUUCAUUCGACUGUGAAACACUUAAAGCUGAUAAAGCUGCAGAAGAUCAUAUCAGACAAUUCAUGCCAAAUCUAGUUGGACUAGAAGAUGUUGUUGUCAAUGUGGGUAAGAUGACUAUAGCUGGGUUCAAUUUCGAAGCUGAAAAUGUCAAACUUGAAGAAGAAGCUUUUGAAGCCAGCCUUGCAGAAGAAAACUUUGAAGCAGACAAUGUUAAACUUGAAGAAGAAACUUUUGAAGCAGAUGUCAAGCUUAAAGAAGAAACUUCUGAAGCAGAAGUCAAAUUCGAGGACGAAACAGAAAAUUGCAGCUAGUGCUGGUUAGAUAAAGUUGUCUGUUUUACUCGGUUGUUAUUUACUAUUCCUUUUACAUGGCAUGAACCUUUUUCAUGUUUAUACUAAGCAUCUCUCAAAACUAGAAUCAUGUAUAUAGAAGCUCUGCUAAGAGGAUGAAGGGGUAUUUUAGUCA